CUCAGCACGUAGCCGAAAUUUCCUACCAUCGCCAUCAUUACAUCGUAGACCCUUGAACUAAUCUGGUGCGCACUUUUGUUUGUGGAAGCAGUGAAAGACCUAAUAGUUACAGUAUAUUUUGUGUUGCAACGUUCCUGAAAAGAUGCAGUCGCUUCGGAAGACGACCACAUGGAUUGCACCGUCCGCCAUGAGGUUUGCCGGAAUUAGCAGCCAAAUCGGCGAGAUGGGCUCUGGCGCAGGAAAGGGAGGCGGUGGUGGUGGCGCUAUUCGUGAAGCUGGCGGUGCCUUCGGCAAAAUGGAAGCCGCCCAUGAAGAGGAAUAUUUCUUCAAGAAGCGCCAAGAACAGCUGCACAAACUGAAGGAAAAGAUUAUCGGAAAGGUUGAUUUUCACGAGGAAUCGAUUAAACAUCACGAGGAAGCCAUUGCCCGCCAUAAGAAGGCCAUUGAGGAAUUGAGCCGAAAACAGGAGUAAGCUAAAAUAGAUCCAGGUACACAUUACGAUUCAGGAAACGAAAAUACUUAGUUUUGACCAGUGUGAUAUAGCGCAACCAACUGGCGUUUAUGUGUGUAACUUUGUUUGGAAUAUAUUAACGGGUUUAGAUAUAGAA